GACAUAUUGACAGAAAAUCAACAGGGAUUUUUAGGUUAUUUCCACUCUUGCUGCUGUCAAUUUUUUCUCUUUCCUGGAAGGAGAAAAAGGGCCCCCUUAAAUUGACUCAACUGCGCGUAUUGAUCAGUCAUGUCGUUCCCAACGAAGGAAGAUCGCAACUUGUGUUGGGGUGCGCGGGAUCGGUAUUGGGAGUGUUUAGAUAAAAACGGAAUCAUUGAUAGUAAAGAUGACAGAGGACCAUGUCUCGAAUUCAGAAAACUGUACGAAAAAUCGUGCUCAGCUCAGUGGGUCAAGCAUUUUGAUCGAAGACGGAAUUACCUACAGUUCAAGGAAAAGAUAGAAAAACACGGGUACGAACCGCUUGAUGAGAGAAGCCCAGAACAUUAGCUUGUUUUGUUUAUUAAUUCUAGAAUAACUGCUUUAAUCCCAAACAAAUCAACAGAUGGUGUUAAAAUAUUCGAGAAACGAAGAGUUUAUCAUGACAUUGCCUGUUUAUAGCGUAAAAAACAGAUUAUAUUAUAUUUAUUUUUGCUAAUAUUUCAUUUAUUCACUUGCACAUAACGCAUUUUUUGUAUUACACAAUAAAUAAAGCACUGCAAAGGUACAA